AUGAAAGUUAAUAACCUCAUCGUCGCUUUCUUUGCUGAGGACCCGCCUUGCUCUGCGACGACUUGCCCCGAGAUGCGAGCUUCGGAGUGGCAGUAUCUCUGCGCGGUACACGACCCUCCCAAGUCUUGUUGCGCGAUCGAUUACUGCUGCCACACUUUGGACUGGGCCAUGAACACCCUCACGUCGCCAAAAUAUUUCCCAAGUCGGCUCACGCUAGGCAACGAGAAUGCAGGAGGCCCUCAGGCCAGCAUGAGACACCUGACGAACGUCUUCCGCCGUCUUUACCGUAUUUUCGCCCACGCCUGGUUCCAACAUCGUGAUGUGUUUUGGCAGGUGGAGGGACAUGAUGGUCUGUACGUCUUCUUCAAGACUGUUUGCGACAUGUAUGGUCUCAUCCCGCAUGACAACUACACGGUUCCCUCGGAGGCUGAAGGCCCUGAUGCAGUUCAGCCUGAGGAAGAGCCAGUGGAUACCAAGCGUUUAACAAUUUUGCGCAAGGAAGAUGAGAAUUCGUUUAGUUCUGGCGCAGAGAGUCUGGACCCGGCCCUCGGCACGGGGGCUACCACUCGUCGUCACAAACAUAGCCCUUCGACCGGAUCCCGUGUUACAACUAUCACGGAGGAUAUGGAGGAUAGUCCAGAGAUUCCGUCAUCGCUGCGUGAGUCUCUGGAGGAAUCACCUGAACGCCCUGUUUCUGUCCUGGAGACUCAACAGGCCCCUGUCGAGACCGCUGAGGAGACUGCCUCGGACAAGCCACCUACUCAGAAAGAAGAAACGGCCGCAGAGAUAGCCGACGAAACAAAAGAUCAAGUUCUAGAAGCAGUUGGACAGCCCGGACCUUCUGAAGUUACAGAAGAGGCGCAGCCCGAGUCCGAGCAGCCUGCUGAUGACACGACUGAAGAGCCCGCCGAGAAGACCACCUCUGGAACCGAGGAAGCGACGCUUUCUGAAGAAGCUGAGACGAAACCUAAGCCCGAGCAGGAAGCCUCAAUUACAUCGGAAGCCAAGCCUGAACCAGAGAAAGAAGAAUCUUGA